AUGGAUACCUUCAUAUCGCUUCCAUAUCGCUUCCUGGCUGUUUUCGUCUUGAUGAUGCUGAGUAGAUGGCUCUCGCUAGGAAGCAAGGAAGAUGUAGCACAUCUACACGAUAGAAUGAAUAACUUCGACGUCAACGAGUAUUGGAGUCGACAUGGCCAUGCUCCCGACAACGACGCUACGGACAUCGCACAUGCAAUCCAUAACGGCUACGAUGGUGUUGCCAGCGCACGACAGCUCACUGAGACGGUCGAUCAGUUUCUAGCUCGUCUACCACCAGCGACCACAAGGGUCACGCUCAAUUGCCCAUGGAUCUAUAUCUGGAACCCUUUCGUUCCGUCUGACCGCAUAUAUCCCGUCCAAGGAGAUGGUGACACUGUUGGUCGGCACGAGGCAACAAAUGUUUUCAGCGCUCGUGCCCAGAAGAGACUCGACGUGUACAGAGACUUUGUCGAGAAGAAUCGAACCAAGACUGGAAGAAUCUCGGCCAAGAUCAGGGUGGAGAGCAGGAGAUUCACUGACGAAGUCCUGGAGUUGGCGAGUCAACUAAGCGUGACGGAGGGCAAGUGGGUCAUCUUCCCUUCGCCGGAACACUGCAACGACGUCUGGGCAAAGGUCGCCCAUGCUACCGCCAACGGCGAAUUAGGCAUUGCUGCCAAGAUCUCACCGCGCGAGGUGCCUGACCGGCAUCGUUUGGUGUGUGUCUACACGCGUGAUUUCAAUGACAAGGACGACGUUGCCAGAGUCCUAAUGCGCCUUAAGAAACUGGGUCUCGUUCGUCAGAGACAGAUUUGCUACAAGACGGAGCAACCAGAUGCCUUCACCCAUCUGGGAAUCAAUCAGGACAAUAAUUUGGGCCUUGAUGUCGGUCAAUACCGAUCUAAUGAGAUCUUUGCAUAUCUUGAGGGCAAAGUUUGA